AUGCCGCCUUCUUCAGACGACGAUGAAGGCGAAGGCAUCUUCCAAUCGCACUAUCGGGAUAUUCGAGAAUCCUCCUCGAGCUCCUCCCCAUCUCCAUCUUCGUCCCCUCCGCCGCUUCAACAGCAACAACAACAACAACAUCACAACUUCUUCGCACCUCCGUUCUACAACCGCCCUCCAACACCUCUCCCUCCGUCGCCCUCAUUAACGUCCCUUCUCCGCCCUUCAAGACCAACGACACCAGAUACUUCUGCCGACGAACUCGAACCCGUCCCCCGCGCAUCCCCCAAAGUCCCAACCUACGAAUACUAUGGCUUCGUACUGUACCUCUUCUCCUCGCUCACCUUCCUCAUGUAUCUCCUGUGGUCCUAUCUUCCAUCGCCAUUCCUCCAUGCUCUCGGCAUAUAUUACUACCCCAAUCGAUGGUGGUCGCUUGCCCUGCCAUCCUUUAUCGUCAUGCUGCUUGUGUAUAUCUACGUUGCGCUCGCAUCUUAUAAUACGGGAUACCUAACGUUACCGCUUUCUUCAAUCGAGACAAUCAUUGAUAGUGCUGCAAAUAUUGCUACACUGGAUGGGAGGGUGAAGAAGGGUUCACAUAGUAAUAAGCGGAGAGAACGCGUGGAUCAUGCCCUCAAAGAUUGGCGGACUGUGUGGAGUCAUGGAACUGAUGCCGUCAUGGAUGUACCGCUUGGUGGAGUUUGCGAGGUGUUAUACGGCGAUUGCAGAGAAUAUGUCGAUUCGGACGAAGAGUCAUGA